AUGAACGACCUCAUGAGCUUCGGCCUCCACAGACUGUGGAAAGAUCACUUCACCCAACUCAUCAACUUUCCCCCCCUCAUACCCCUUGGGGGCCCCCGGGGGGCCCCCGGGGGCCCCCAUGGGGGCCCCCUGGGGGCCCCCAUGGGGGCCACCCAGGGGGCCCCCCAGGGGGGCCCCCAGGGGGGCCCCACGGGGGGCCCCCUUGAGGGGGCCCCCCGUGAGGGGAGCCCGUUUUCUGGGGGCCCCCCUGGUGUUGAGCCUUUUAGGAUUUUGGAUUUAGCUGGGGGUACUGGUGAUAUAGCCUUUAGGUUGAUAGAUAGGGCUCUUGAACAGCAGCAGCAGCAGCUGCAGCAGCAGCAGCUGCAGCAGCAGCAGCAGCAGCAGCAGCAGCAGCAGCAAGUGUAUGGUUGCAGUGGUGUUGAAAUAACAAUAUGUGAUAUAAAUGAAGAAAUGCUGCAAGUUGGAAUGCAAAGAGCAGCAGAAAGGGGGCUCCCCCCGUCCCCCCUAAUAAACACACUAACCCCACCCACCAACCCCACCACCCCCAGCAGCACCCCCAGCAGCAGCACCCCCAGCAGCAGCAGCAGCAGCAGCAGCAGCAGCAGCAACAAGUAUAUUCUUUCUGAUCGUGUUGAUGAUUACGGUGUAUUGGGUGGUUCUAUGCUGCUGCUGCUGCUGCUGCUGCAGCAGCAGCAGCUUGUGCAGCAGCAGCAGGAGCUUGUGCAGCAGCAGCAGCAGCAGCAGCAGCAGUAG